GGCAUCAACCCCACCAGGCAACCGCAACCACAGCCCCGCACCUUAACUCCGCAAAUAUAGGAGCCUCACCUCGACUCUCCUCAUUCAUCCAUCCAAACCUCACCACCCCAACAACCAAAUCAUCCCUAAAGAAACAAAGUCAAGCAUGUCCUCCGCCGAACACACCCAAGAUCCCAUCCUCACCCCGCUCUCAUUCACCACCACCUCCCCACAGCCAACAUCCCCGCUCUUCAGCACCCUCCCCCCCGAACUCCGCCACCAAAUCUUCACCUACACCCUCACGCAAUGCGAAGACACAGAUCCAUCCCACGCCUACAACCGCGAAACCUACUGGGCGCGACCGGGGUACUCCGCGCCGCUAAAAACCCACACUGCGCUCCUGCGAACAUGUAAGCUCGCCUACGCCGAGGGCUGGUGGAUGCCGCUUGCCUUUGCCGAACAAGUCUUCUACCUGACGGCCGACGAGCGCGCGCCACCACGCAUUGGCGGCGGCCGCAUCGAGCGCCGCGCGUUUGAGGGAUUCCUCAAACACAUCCACGAGAUGCACGCGCGGCGCGGGAUGAGCGAGAUGCAGAUGCACACGGGCCCCCUGCACAUCUUCGCGCAGCUGUACAUGCUGGAGCCCGGGUCCGCGCUCCAAGACCUCUUCGAUAUCGAGCAUUUCGCGCCGCGCAGUGUCACGCUGACCCUGCGGUACACGGACUUCUGGCACUGGGAGCGGAAUGAGCCCCUGCGGGUUAGUGCGACGUGGGUGAAUCGGGUCCGGUUCCCAGAGAGUGUUGUGCGGUUUGUGGUGGAUUUCGAGUCAGUUGAGAGGCGGAAGGGGGAGGUUGAUUGUAUUGUUGGGCAGGCGGUGGCAGGGUGGGUGUUUCGGCGAAGGGAUGGCGGGGUCCUUCGUGCGACGGCGCAGGAUGUGAGUGUUAGUCGGUGGAGUGGGAGUAGCAUGUUCGGUGGGAGACGGUGGGUUCGCGAUGAGACGCCAGAUAGGCCGGGGGUGUUGGAUUAUUAUGUUGUUUCGGUUGUGUGGAGGCUGGAUCGGUCUUCUCUUCGUCCUGGUCCUGACCCUGGUCUUGCUCAAGAAGAGGAGGAGGAGGAGGGGGGAUGCGAGGAAUGUCUGAGCAUCCAAGUCCCGUACGACUUCGUGCAGGUUUCUCCGCCGCUGAGCGGCUGGACUUCGCUAUCUGAGAAUGAGUUGCGCAUGGCGGGUGUUGGGAUGGAUGUUCCAGCUGAGGAGGCUGUUGAGGCUGUACGGACGUUCAGAACCAACAGUGUGGCGACAAGGGCGAGAAGUCGGAGUCUGGCGAGGGGGUUGAGGAUGGGGGGCGUCAUGCGGAGGGGUGGUGGUGACUUGAUCUAGGACAGCGAGUUGGCGUUUGGGGUUGGAGGGAGAAAAUGUAACUAAACUCAUGAUAUACGCCUGAUAUGGGGAAUAACACGUCGCAACAAAUUCUGUUCCUUCUUCAUAAGAAAAUCUCCUAGCGCCGCUGUCCAUAUCUUGCCUCAACUGAUCCUUGUUUGCUCUAUCACGAUGAUCCCUCAAGAAGGCAAUAAACAACCCUGUUCAUACCACCAAAGCAUGAAAACCCUUCCUUUGCGCCAAACGCCAGCGAAGCCCGUCUCAGUGAUUUAUCUAUGCCGCACCAAAGAUACUCACACGCCACCCUCCAAGACGCCAGCCAAAACCACAGUCAGCUCGCAGAUGCAUCCUUCUCCAGCACAUACCAACCUCACAAUGUCCAAAUUCGGGAACCAGCCGGGUGGAUUGCGUUGAUGCUAAAUGACUCAGUACGGUCAUCCAAUACAACCUUUCAGGGCGGUAAGUCUCAUAUAGUAACGGGGGUCGCUGUCUCUCAGGAGUAGGAGCUCGUAAACUCUGACCGCGAGCGUCACUGAGUAGUCCUGAGACCCGUGAUAGCGAAAGAAAAAGCAAUCCUCAAGGUGAGGACUCGGGAAACAAAAGUUAUGAUACCGACUAGUGCAGGAGAUGAAGCAGUCCCCACCGCAACCAACAUCCACCGCAGAGAAGCCCUGAAGAAGGACAUACCAAGAGCCGUCUCCGAACGCCAGACGACUUCACCUCAGGCCCUUUCCUCCGCCGGAUCUUCUCCAACAGAGUAUAUCGAGCGCCGCCAAUCCUCGUUACAAUAGCCCAGCUCGCGAAGGCGGCCAUCCACGGUUGCGAUAAGCCGCGCUAGGUCAGAUCGU